CGAGUUUCUGCAUUUACUGAAUAUAUACGUCUUCAAAGCCUUAACAAGAAUAUCAGAAGGCUCGUAACAGCGCCGUUAAAUUGCUCUUGUUUCCGGUGUCUUGUCUUCAUCCCAGUGGGUUUUAAAAAGUCUUCGCCAUCCCUUUUAGGAGCAACCACAGUUCCGUAGGAUUCUGAACCAGCAAUCUUCUACAUCUCUCCUUCAAGAUGUCGUUCGAUGAGCAGUUUGAAUCUGCCACCAAACCUAGUCCAAUUCGAAAAAUCGUUGGAGCUGUCGUGAUAGCAGCUGACGCUUCCGGCGAUAUCAUAUACCAUGGUGCUAAAGGAUUCACUUCUGUUGAUUCAGAGGCCGCCAAACCGAUGACAGAAGAUACUACUUUCUGGAUCGCUUCAUGCACAAAGCUUCUGACCACCAUUUCAGUCAUGCAAUGUGUCGAGCAGGGCAAAUUGAACCUUGAUGAGGACGUCUCCUUAAUCUUCGAUGAGUGGAAGUCACCAGACAUCUUGACGGGGUGGAAGGAAGACACGGGAGAACCAGAGUUUAAAAAGGCAACGAAGAAGAUUACGUUGCGCCAGUUGCUGACACAUUCUAGUGGUAUGGGGUAUGAUUUCCUUUCACCAGACCUUAUGAAGUGGCGACAGUGGCGCGGCGAGACAACCCGUCCGGGUAAUGGCGAAAUUCGGAAACAAUACCUUAUGCCCCUUUUGUUUGAGCCAGGCGAAGGCUGGAGCUAUAGCUGCAGCAUUGACUGGGCUGGCAAAAUGGUGGAGCAGGUGAAUGGAGGCAUGACGCUUGGGCAGUACAUGAAGAAGAAUAUUUGGGAACCUUUGGGAAUGGCGUCCACGAGCUUCCGCCCUGGAGAGAACGAAAGGGUGCGCAGUCAUCUGUGUGCCACGACUGCCAGAACACCGGAAGGAGACCUUGUAUCGGCCGACCCAUACCCCAAUCCAAAUCCGAAGGACGACCUUGGUGGCGGAGGGCUGUAUUCAUCUGCCCAAGACUAUAUCAAAGUGCUCAUAUCAUUACUCAAAAAUGAUGGUAUUCUCCUCAAAUCAGAGACCGUGAAUAUGAUGUUCACACCACAACUUUCGGACGAGGCUAGUUUGGUUGCAACAGUGACUACACCAGGGGCAGGGCCUAUGUUUCGAGGAGGGAUUGACAGUCCGGCGUGGAAUUUCGGCCUGGGAGGCAUUCUGAAUAUGGAAGACGUGAAAAAUCUUUGCAAAAAAGGAACCAUGUCAUGGGGCGGCCUUCCAAACCUUUUCUGGUGGAUCGAUCCCGCUGCCGGGAAUUGCGGCAUGUACGCAUCCCAAAUUAUUCCUCCCGGCGAUGCAGAGUCAAUGAAUCUUGCGGUCGCGUUUCGCAGAGAGAUCUUUGCUCGGCAUCAUGUCCAAAGUAAAGCAUAGGCAUAGACGAGAGAACUGCCUUGACGACUUCAAGCACAACAUUGUGUGGUGCCGUCAAUCGGGCUCUUCAUGUUGGUACCAAGUUGUUUUGAUGUUUGCAGCUUCUGGAGAAAAUGAC